AAGUAGAUGUAAUAUUCGACGUUUGGGGGAAAUUUUAGAAAAUAAUUACAAUUACAUCGAUAUAGAAAGUACAUUUUAUAACAAACCUAAAAAAUAUAAAUACAUUUGUAGAUUGCACCGGUACUCCAGACAGUAGGGGCGCUAGUUGGUGUUCCUGGUGACAUGGCGCUGUGUUCCUAUUCGCCUGAAGAAGGGGAGAGUUGCGGGAAAACCUGAAACCAACGUCAAGAACCCACAGGAGGCAUACGAGAGAAGAUCAAGUCAACCCUCCUCGCGGGCUCCGCAGCCCGGCCGUGGGUAGCCCUGCCCGGCCGCGGGCUACGGAAACGUCGAUAUAAGCGAACAGAGCCGCACUGUACUGUCUGCAACGAACAGUAGCGCACCGCUCGGUGGAAACGAGGCAUUCGACUUAGUGGAGACAAUGAAAAGCCCCAGAGCAGAGGACGUCAGGAGAGGUAUAUCAGCACUCUGGGAUACACUGCAGUGUCCUAUAUGCCUUGAACUGAUGACCACACCAGUGUCGACUAAAUGUGACCAUCAGUUUUGCAAGUUCUGCAUGCAGAAGCUUCUCGAAGGUACCAAAAAGAGAGAGGCAAACUGCCCGGUUUGCAAAACCAAGGUCACUAAAAGGAGUUUACAGGAGAGCCCUGGGUUCCAGGGAUUAAUAACAGGUUUACAAAAUAUGAUUGAAGCCUAUGAAAAUGACACCAGGACCAACUACUUCACAGGAUUGACCCUGCAGAGGAGAAGGCCACAGAGCAUGACGGAAACAGAAGGAAGCACGUUUUUAUCUGGAAACGCACCCGAUAAUCACCAUGACAACGGAGAUAGUGAGGAACACGGUCUUUCAGGGACUCAUUCCUCCACCGUAGAAGCCAACAAUGGAUUUGCCAGCCUCAUGGAUUUAGAAGAUUCCAACUGUUUGAUGGUGAUAAAUGACGGCUUGGAUACUAGCUUCAGUGAAACGCCACAGACUUCAGGAGAAAAGGGGUACAUCCGUGUGGGAAUCAGCCCUACCGUAGAGCGAGUAGAGAAACAAGAAAUGGCCGAAGUGGUGGAAAAAGCAACAUCAAGACCCCGGACGAGGGGCAAGAAGCGCCUCGCCCAGCUGGAGUACCCGCCAUCUCGCCUCGCAUUGGUUGCUGAUGAUGUCCUGCAACAGCAAGCACCAAAAGACGAGGCAGAGAAAGAAACCGGAAAAACCCAAAAGAUCCAGCGUCAGGCGAGGAAAAGUGUGGAGAAAGUCUCCCAGUGGCUCCUACAAGUUCCUCUCUCGGAGAAUCUGGGGUCGGUGGUACACCCGGACCCCACCUCUGAUCCAAAAGGCCCUCCUACUUCCCCCGGAGGGAGCAUCUCGUCGACCUCUACAAAGAUCCUCAGGCGAGAAAAGCCUGAGGGCGACCAUAAGACCGAAGAACAGGUCGGCCUCAGGCGAGCCGAGCCUGAGGCCGACCAGAAGACCGAAGAUCAGGUCAAAAGUCUUGAAGACCAAGUGUUCGGGAUUGUUUACACUCGCCGGGGGAAGAGAUCCUUCUCUCCACCACAACAACGCCUUCAACUCAUCCCUCAUGACCCACCACCGGUGACUGAAGAAUACAAUCCUCACGCUGACGCUGGAGAGAGCCGCCAACCCAUUCCAGGUGAUUAUGAAACCAAAUCCAACUCUGAGGCUGAAGAUGGCGGUGUUGAGGCUGCUGAAGGUGUUGUGGUGAUCCCACCGCAGAUGUCAAACCAUCAAUCCAGUGAUACAGACAAUGAUGUUCCUAAAGAACCGAGAGCCUUGGACCUCAGUCAGAGGAGCCGAUUGGAGGCUCCUCAAUCCGAGGAGCCGCCACCACAGGAAGGAGAAGAAAAAGAUGAGGAAGGAGAAGCCAGCAGUUUGGCGUUCAACAGGGCUGUGGUCAAGUUGGUGAGAAUAUCUGCUAAUCGAACAGGCCACGCAAUGCAGGACAUUGACGCUGACCUUAAAAUAGAAACUGCAGAGAAACCGGAAACUUCCCCUAAGAGGAGACCUGGGCUGAGGAAAGGGAAAGGUGUCAAACGGCAAAACAGAAUGUCGGCAAGAGGGACAAAACCACUGGUUCUAGUCGGCGCUCUAGGAGGAGAAGCCGUUCCAGAGAGACCCCAGAGCAGGAUGGGGUGUGGAGAAGAACGUGUUCAAAUUGAGACUUACCCGAGCAGUGAGGAGGUGGGUGCCACAGUAGGCAGGACCACCCGCAGUAGAAGACCCCUGCUUAUUGCCAAGGAAGUUCCUGGUAGUUGUGCUGGAAAGCGUCCUAGCAAGAGGGCGAUAUCUACAACAGGACAGACAAUUAAAGAACCUGGCCCAGAUAAAGAUGAUCUGGUUCAUCCACCUGCGAAAACUAAAAUUAUUAUAUUCGAUGAAGAAAAUCAAACGGGGGUAAAUGUCACCCAAAAAAACGGAUGUAUCUGCGAAGACGAUAUCGGAGGAAUUGAGAAUUUUGGAUCUGUUGAGGGUUCCGUGGCUCCUUUGAGCCAGACUAAAGUUUUAACCCAAAUGAAUGGCUCUAUAGUUGAAGUUCCUAAUACCACAAGUCCUUGUGAGGCGAGGUCACCCUCCAUCGUACAAAUAGAUACAGCUUGUAGAAGUCCUGCUGUGGCAGUAGUACCAAGCCCUGCCCCUAAGAGUAUCAUGGCAGCCAAUCAGAACGGUGCAUGUACUGAAGAUUCCCCCUGUCGGAUCAAAUGUGUUGAGAGGGAGGAAGACGAGGAUAUGAGCGAUAGUGAGGUCGACACUGAACAGCUGAUGAAGAGCUUCAAAGUGGCUAAAAGAAAGUCCUUCCAUCUUGGCAGCCCAAAGGGAACCAGAAGCAGUCUUAGGUCGAACAAAAGCACUCCAAUUUCUAAGACGGUAGGUGACUCUGUUCCAGGAAUUGAAUGCAUAACAGAUCAGAUUCCCAUGUCCACAGAAAAAUCUGCAACGGAAACAUCGGAAAAGCAGCCAGAGAUGGAAAAAUCCUCUUGUGGCGAUAUGGUUGCCUCUUCUUAUUCACCAAGACGAAACACAAGCUUGUCAGGGAUAAGACCUCGAGGCUUGAGGAGGCGUCUUGUCCAGUCAGAGGAAGCAUUGAAGUCGGACAAUGCGUCCUUAACCAAGUGCCAGGAUAGUGGUGUAGGCUGUCUCUCCGGGAACACGGCCUCUAGUACCCUCAGCCCUAAUAAAGCUGCAAAAAGUCUGCGUUGCACCGUUACCCCUGAUGCAUCUGAGUCAGUCCUGCUCUUCAGUGCGCUGGAAGUAACUGAAGACGGCUCUCUUGGCGUGACCUCCAGAAGUAAAAAGCGUCUGCAAACUGCCAACAAACUCAAGCAGCCUACCAAGAGAAAACUUGAUGCAGUAACCCUGCCCAAAACAACACCAUGCAAUUCCACUGCCAUGUCGGCCACGCAAGGUAAUACGGACAACAGCGUGGAAGUACUAGUCAAUACCAAUGGCUCCAUAACCCCUGACGGACUCGAGCCACAAGUGGUUGAGUCUUCUGACAAAGAGCCGGAAUGCAGCGGCCUGAGUGCCGGUUCCCCCAUCAAGAAGAACCCUAUGAGGAAGGCUCACAGGCUAGAGUCUUCAUCAGAUGAGGAGAUACCUACUCUAGCAGAGAUUUUUAAACGUCAUCCUCCCGCGGUCCAGUGUAAUGGUCUUGAAGGCCCGGCCGAGGCUCAUAAUGGCCCACAGAGGGGCUCUGGGUGUGAGGAGGAGCCCAGCGUUUCGGCCACGCCGCCGGCCAACCCAGCCGUGUGCCCUCCCAGCCCAGACUUUGUGGAGUUCAGCCAGGCCUCUGUGGAUCUCUUUGACACACCCGCUGAAUGUGACAUCGCUGCAAUUGAUAACGGCGUUUCGAUGGACUCAUCACAAUUCUCCAGCGAUCUACUUGUCACCCAGCAAAGGCAGGCCAUGCAGAAGGAGCUGCUGCGGCUGGGGAACCUGAUGGCGCUGGUCACAGAGGUGCUGCAGGAGAAGGAGGAGGGGUCCGGCACAGAGCUCCCUGCGGACCAGCCGCCCGCGGGUACCGCCGUCGAGUCAGAGCUCCCUGCGGACCAGCCCACCACAGGUGACGACCUCUCUAUGCCAUGUGCCCUGGAAGUAAAGCAGGCCGCAAGGGACCCUGCUCCAAUCAAGACAAGACAUUCCAUCAGUCCACACAGUCCAGCAGCCAAUCAUGUUGCAUCGCCAGCGCCCGGCCUGUUGAGGCCCGAUGAAACUGCAGCUACAGUGCCACAGACCGCCAUGGCAACGAGGCCCAGCUCCCGACUCAGUGGUGACACCCGGACACCCAGCUCACAAGGGUCAAAGGACAAAUGGACAGAAAACCAAACCAAACCACCACCGCGCCUGGAACACGGGGCGACCGCCACUGAAGACCAGGUGACGAGGCGGGUGUCUGAGACGGAGCCCCCUGACGCGACCACGCCCAAACCAGAGUGUGUGUUCGUGAUGUCCGGCCUGGGGUCCAGCGAACAGGUGAUGGUGAGGAAGUUCGCCAAGAGGAUCGGGGCUCGCGUCGUUCCCCAGGUGACCCCUGAGGUGACCCAUGUCAUCAUGUGCACAGAUGAGGACCUGGUGUGUGAGCGUACCUUGAAGUACUUCCUGGGCAUCGCAGGCAGGAAGUGGGUGUUGAGUUUCCUGUGGAUCUCGGAGUGCUUCAAACAGGGGGAUCUGCUAGACGAGAGUGUGUUUGAGGUGCGGGGAGACGUGGUGAACGGGGCCGCCCACCACGGGCCCCUCAGGGCCCGCAGCACUGGGGACCAAGACCUCCUCAUGAAGGGCUACAAGAUCUGCUUCCAGGGGUCCUUCACGGACAUGACCAAAGACCAAAUGGAGUGGAUGGUGGAGCUAUGUGGGGCUGCUGUAGUGAAAGACCCUCUGCAGUUCGACAGUAAAAAGGAUUUGAUUAUCCCCAUGCUUCAUCUCUUCCUCCUCCAGUACUGCCACCAGCUGCUUAUUGUGCAGCCAGGAACGGAGACGGCGCUAACCAAACCCAGCGCCUCUUAUGGGAGAGCGACAGUUGUGAACCGUGGUUGGCUGUUGGACUCGGUGGCGACCUACACCCUCCAGAACACUGACGACUACAGGGCCUGAUCCGGGAGGAGGUGGAGCCCCCAUAGCGUGGGCCCUGCCUUUCAACAGCACUUUCUAGGAGAGCUACAGUCAGAACCCUCGGCUGGCUUUUGACCCUCCAAAACCAUUGGGAACACCAAAGGUGGAGCCCCCUCUCCCCCCUCCCCCCUCUCCCUCUCAUAGUUCCCCCUCUUGGGUUUACCACUGUAAAUAAUUCAAAGUGGCUUUUUUAAAAUUUGUAAAGAAAGAACAGUAAAAUGUUGUUGCCUCUUUUUUGUAAAAAAUUAUAAUUAUAGAAGUGUGUUGUGAAAUGAUGAAUGUAGGACGUACACACCUCGACCACAAAUUAAUUGGCUUGCAGUACUACUUCGUUCAAAUACACAGCGCAAUUAAUGCCUACUUUUCAGGCAUUUAUUUUUCAAUAAAUGAAGAGUGGGACUUUGUUCUUCCUGAUAUUUACUGUUUGAUUGUUUUUUGUCCAUAACUUGAGCUCUUACUUCAAGAUGUGGGGCUGUGAUGACGUGGCUUAGACCUCCGUGCUUCAAGGUGCCGGAGGGUGCUUUAUUCUGGGCAGAUACUGCAUGUCAAUAUAAGAGUUCAGGAUCAAAGCCAUCCCUGGCAAAUCAUUAAUCCAUCCCCAAUUAAAUAGAGCGAGGACAGAGCCAUUGAUUAAUUCCAAGCAGACAACAAAAGGCCUUUAUCACAGAGUGGUGUGGCUACUAAGGUAAAAUAUGGUUAUGGAGGCACCCAAGUGGCUAUAAUUAACAUCAGGAGUUACUAUCGCACCUAACUGAUAAAGGUCUACGAUCUUUUAUUGACAGACAGCCGUAAGAUCUCGCUUGUUAGAGCAAUAAAUUCACACGCGUAUGAUUUUUUUUUUAUCUCCACACUUAGGUUUGACAAUCAUGUGUUUUAAUAGAUCCGAUCCGACCCUGUAAAACCUCAAACAUUUCCGAUUCUGUCUCGUUGCUCUUGCUCUGCCAGCACUGGUUACAGUCGACAAGCACACCUAGUAUGCUCGGUAGGUUUCAUGUUCAAUAAAUGUCGGCUCCUACUGCUUCAUGAAUGGAGUACAAAGUACAGCCGCAAGACACGCUGUCCAUUGUUCCCAGCUGAAGAUGACAAGUUGGUUUGCUUUCUAAUGACGAACUGCCAAAGUUUCUAAUUUACGGUACAACUCACAUAGUGAACCAAGAUAUGAUGAUAUCAUUUCUAUGCUAUUACUAUUAAAUACAAUUGCUUAAUCAUAUUUGAUGUGAAAUGCAUCACGUGUGAACUAGACGACUGCUGUCGUUGGUUCAACAAUAUAGAACCCAUUGUCUCACUUUUUUAUGAUUUUAAUGAUGGUUGUUUGACGGAACCUGGGCCCAAAAUACCCCCGCAUGUGGGUCACGACAUGGCAAAGGUUUGGGAACCCCUCAUCGAGUGUUUCCAGAGCUUUGUUGAUGCUUAGCGAGCUCAGCAACGUUAGUGAAUAACGUUAGUGCAGGAUGUGAUACCCUUACCUCUGGCUGGAACCUUAAACAUACAAUACCCAGCUAUGCCCAGAAGUGGCCCCUAAUAUUUCCCAGAACAUGGCCACUUUAAUAAUGCAUGAUGCUAGCCCAGCCUCAACCGAAGCAGAGUGUUGUUUGGACAGCUAGAACGAUUUUUGGAAGUGUAGUGAUGCAGGUUUAUUCGUAGUGCUGCUGACAAUGGCUAAAAUCCCUAAAUUGUGUUCUCUUACCCAUACGUCUGCUUGAAUGACUGCACAUGUUAGUAUCCAUAAACACCGGGUAUCCAACCGCAUUCUAUUGUCUCUUCCAACUAAGGGCCUGAUAUUGGGAGGGACACCGUAGUUCAGUGUUACUUAUUUAUUUGGUGAUGGAUCAGGCAACACAGGCCUAGCCUGAAUGAUUGCUGGGAGAAUGUCUGCUGAGAAACAUAGUUUCAUUUCAAAAUGUCCCUGAGAUAAAGUGAAAAAUGGUUUUGUUUACUAGCUGGUUUUAUUUAAUUAGAUGCUUGUAUUUUUAUUCUUUGCCUUAAAGGUUGCAUUGCGUGUACAGGCCUACAUCUGUUUAACCGGCAAGUCUUACUAAUUCAUGCCUUUGACAAACCAAACAUGCUUGAACUCUCAUGCCAGAAGCUGCACAUCUUAGUGAACCAUAAAUAAAUAAAACAAGCAGGUCAAAGCAAAGCUGUUCCCUAUCCGAUCUUUGGCUCGAGGCGCUGACAUGAUACCAGAUGUGUGCCUUGUGCAGCUUUUUGUUUCUUUCCUGCCUGCUGAGUCUUGUGGUUUAAUUCCAGUGGACAGGAGAGGAUGUAGGACCUAGCUAUGAGUGAAGGAAUCAUGACAUAACAUAGUGAAGGAAGCAUCAAAUACCAUCCUGCUCUUCUAGUAGAGGCGUUGCUUCAAUCCAAUAAGGAAUGCAGUCUCACCACAUGUUUUGCUGUAUCAAACUCCAGGUCUUUUCAUAUGAUGACUCAAUUACAUAUUUUUACUGUAACUUCGAUGAUUGUUACAUCAUUGUUUUUUCAUGUAUAAUUUCACGCAAAAAUACAUUAACAAACUUCACAAUAUCUUCAAGAAAACCAAUA